AUGGGGAUGAAGAAAAUUCAACAGAAUUGCACGCGCGCCCGCAGCGCUGUCGAGGACCACUACCACUGGCUGUGGUUCCAGUGUCCCGCCAUAACUCAGUGCCUGGGCCCCACAGUUGUGGUGCCAGUGUCCCGCCAUAACUCAGUGCCUGGGCCCCACAGGACCACUACCACUGGCUGUGGUGCCAGUGACCACUACCACAAGCUGUGGUGCCAGUGUGGGGGCGACGCAGGCGCGGUGCCGCGGGAGGCUCGCCUGAGGGCCGCUAUAGCUCGCUUGCAGGAAGGCGUCGCUGCCAUCGGCGUCGCCUACGUCGCCUGCGUCGUCUGCGUCUUCCUGGCGACGCUCCUGCUGCUGCUCUGCAGGGCAGGAUACGGAGCCCAGGGCUUCAUGUCGCUCGUGACGUGCGCCUGCGUCGACCAGUCGUCGCCUGCGCUGUCGUCGCGACGCAGGCGACGGCCGGCGGCGUCGUCUGUGCUGCAGCGCGACGAGACGUUGGUAGGCGUCGCCGGCGAUCCUGAGCCGACGCGCCGAACCGUCGCCACGCUGCGGGUGCCCGGGCAACCCAACGCGGCUAGACCCUGCAAGGUCGCCGCGCCGGUACGAGCGCUCCUGGGGGGAUCUGAAGGCCUCGGCAACCCCCGGGGGGACGAGAGGGGAGUCGGAUAGCAUGAGGAGGGGGGGCGCUUGACUAAACGACACGCCCCCUUGAGAACUCCUAAUGAAGGGGAAGGACCGCAAGACAGGGUCAAGAAGGAGGGCGGGAAACAAUCUGUCAGGAAAAGGGCGAGCAAGAAAAUGCGGACGCUGAUGGCUGGUCUCUCGGAAGGAGAGUGUGAGAAGAUUGAUGGCACCGACCGAAACCAAGAAGUCAUGGGGAACACCGCCUUGAAUUUCUGUACAACUUCAGCGCCAGGGUUCAAGAUAACUAACAUUCCUAUCAUCCUAGAGCCUGAACCACCGAGCGACAGCUCCGACAACGCCAUGUCGGCUACGGACAAUUUAGCGCUGGCGGCGGCCGCUGAGGCUGAGCGAGCUGUGUCGGCCUACAUGUCGGCCUACACCAACGAAGAGGCCGCCGGCAACCAGGGCGGCCUUUCUCGACGAGAGCAAACGUCUGAAAAGCUUCACGCAACAAUCCUCUUAACAUUUUAAAAUUAAGCAAUUGCGCAAACCGCAGCUCGCAGAGCCUCUCAAGUCCCAAACUGCUUAAUCACACUGAUAAAGCAUUAAAUCGAAAACUGCAGCUCGCAGUGCUUCUCAAGUCCCAAACUGCUGAAUUACUUUGAUAAAGCAUUAAAUCGAAAACUGCAGCUCGCAGUGCUUCUCAAGUCCCAAACUGCUGAAUCACUUUGAUAAAGCAUUAAAUCGAAAACUGCAGCUCGCAGUGCUUCUCAAGUCCCAAACUGCUGAUCCACAUUGAACUGCAUUGGCAUUUCAGAGCGCGUUAAUCUCAUGGUAGAGGUGGCACCCUACAGCUCAGGACCUAGGUACAUUCAUACGAGUGCCUUCUACACAAGGGGGAUCAAUUAACUGAGAUAUGCUGAAAAUAAUUUGACAAAUUCUGACGUUUGCCGCCAAAAGAGCAGUUGUAUUUCCAACUCUACUUUGUACGGGAAAACUCGUGUUUUUAUCUUCUUACUUGAAAUUCAUUUGUAAUUUCAAAUUUGUUCAUUUCCAUUUAUGUUUAUUAUAUACGGAAGUUGGUGUGCGAACGGUGCGCGUUAAAAGAUUAUUAUGCGGCAUGAAGCCCGAUCAGAGGUACGUUGUGUGUUAGGUCCUGACGUGUAUUAUUAAAUCAGGAUAUUAAAUCGAUGUAAAUGCUUCAUUUCUUAUGUGUUAUUUGAUCUAUGGAUAAGAUCUCUAGUCAGGAGUAUAAUUAUUGUUCAUUUUGUUGGUGCAAGAAAGCCUUAAGACUUGAAACGCGUGACUGGAUUGUUCAGUAAAGCAUGCCUCUUUCAUCAACGCUUGAAUUGUUUAUAGUGUCGGAAGAUGUGCAAUUAAGUGACUUUAAGAAGAUGUGCAAUUAAGUGACUUUAAGCGACAAACGUCAGUAAUCAAAUGACACUAGACGAUCAUGUGGGCCGAGUUGGAGUGUCGGUGACCCAAACAACUUUGUUGGAACAUAGGUCAAUUGAAGGUAAAGCUGGUUGGUUCUCAAAGAUUUUAGGUCAGAGUAUAUGUAUUAGGUUAGAAUGUAUCGCUUAUAUGUUACAGUAUGUAUAUUGCUUAUAGAUUACAGUACAUAGCUUACAGCUAAGAUUACAUCGACACUAUUCGCUUAAAAUACUCAGUGCCCAAUUGAUGUAUGUGCAAAUGAUAUUUGCUCAAAUCCUAAAUUUGUGCACAGCCUCCUAGGUCUAUGAAGUAUUAAGCUGCAUUUAAUGUGCAUUCACAUCAGGAAGGGAAGUAGAAUGGUUGUUGACGUGGAAACUCCUUCUAUUGGUGCUCGCUUGAGACCUUCAAUGGACGAUAUACCUCGCAAUUUACAUCAAUUUUUCCCCGCGUGCAAAUGACUGUUGUGCUUUGGACGCAGGAUUCGUGGUUGAAGGCUAACUAAUGAUUCAUGCAUUUGUAUUAUAAUAAUUUAUUGAAAUGAAGAAUUUCCAAGUUCCAUUCUGAAGUUCUUAAUUAUGAACAAAUUCCGCUUGAAGCCAUCUAGUUCGUAGAAAAAAAGAAAAUAAAGAUGAUUAUGCAUAAAUAUAAUAUUAGUGUUGUUAGGCGGAAGUUCUUCAUAUAUGCAGGUUUGAUUGAAGGAAGACCAAAGCAUGCUUUUCAUUAACAAUUUGCUAACAAGCUGAACA